UUCCUUUUGAUUUCUACGCUGCUUGCCUAUAUCAAUCAGCUAGUUCAGAUCAUAGCAAUUGUUCCCUCAUAUAGAAGAACAACGAGCCAAGCUGGGCGAUACUGGUGACCACAUUCUGAUCUGAGUGGUUUUUGUUAUUGGACCUGUUGGCCUACGGUUUUUGGCUUCAUAGGGGAAUUUUCGUAUGUCGUAUCACUACAGUACGCAGCAACCGUACUUGGAGGACCAAAACUCCACGCAGACUUCACCAAUGGGGUCGACGUCCGGGUCACCUACACGGCAGAGAAGUGGAUCAUCGGCAAAUCAAGAACAAGGUUUCCAAUGGAGCUCAAACUAUGCUCAGUCAAACAUCCCAACUGGUGGUUUGGGAACUACCCCAAGACUGCAGCAGCACAAUGAGCUGUCACCUACGUUGAACCCAAAGUCUCACGUUCAGCAAAUGUCACAACAACAACAGCAGCUGAAUUUGUAUCCGUAUGGCUCACCGACAAGCCAGUUCAAUAACCCAUGGUCCUCAUCGCAGAGGUCUCCGUCGCAGGCGCAUUCACAAUUCUCUCCGCAAUCUGCUUCAACAGUGACUGGGAACUCGAUUGUUGGUGGUGAUGCUGCUUUGAUGACACCAAACACACGGAGCUCUUACUAUAACUCGCCAACGUUACCAACCACGUAUGAAUAUCAGGACUAUGGAGCACCUCCACAGACUCAGCCACAGCAGCAACCAAGGAAGAACUCCCUUAUAUACCCUCCAAAGAGAGCACCAGCACCUCCGCCAACGUAUUUUGCAGAUCAGUCGGUGACUCUGAAUGACUUACACAGACGUCAGUCAGUUGCAACGGUUCCAACUCCGCAGCCGUUGAGCCAGGCUCAAGCGCAGUUGUCUAAUUUCACUAACAGAAGGCCGUCUCUGGUGCAUGGGUUCCAAUUGAAACAGAUGCCUCCACCGACAUUGAAACAAGUUUUAUCGAAGGCAGAUCUCCACCCUGUGAUCAACAAGAUGCCCAAGUAUCGUCGUGCGUCGAUGGCCACGCAGUACAUCUCACCUCUCAUGGCUUUGACUACUGAGAUCUGUACAACUUUCACACUAUGCAACACCGACUUCCAUUAUGAAGUCAGCAAUAACCCAAAGAGGGUGCUGACUAAACCAAGCGAAGGGAAGUCGAAUAAUGGAUUCGAUAACGAAGAAGGAAAUCUCAUCGUGUACGUUAACGAUGUCUUGGGACAACAGGAUAGUAAGAAGUACCUCGUACUAGACGUCUUGGGGAAGGGGACAUUUGCACAAGUUGUCAAGUGUCAGGAUCUAUCUACAAAGGAAUUUGUCGCCAUAAAGAUUGUCAAAUGUAAACAUGAAUGUACUUAUCAAAGUCUUGCAGAAGUUGCCCUAUUGGAAUUCAUCAACCAAAAAGUGGAUCCUAAUGACAAAUUCCAUCUGUUGAGGUUGAAGGAUAAGUUUCUAUUCAAGAACCAUCUCUGUAUUGUUUUUGAACUGUUAUCCUCAAAUUUGUUUGAACUGGUUAAACAGAAUGAGUAUAAAGGCUUGAACAUUGGCCUUGUAAGGAAAUUCUCAAAGCAACUGUUGGAGGCAUUAUGCGUGUUGAAACGUGCAGAGAUCAUCCAUUGUGAUUUGAAGCCUGAGAAUAUUCUGUUGAUCUCACCCGAUAAACCAGAUAUCAAGAUUGUCGACUUUGGAUCUGCAUGUAAGGAGCAUCAGACGCUUUAUACUUAUGUCCAAUCCAGAUUCUACAGAUCUCCAGAGGUGAUUCUUGGUUUGCCAUAUUCCUCCUCUAUUGACGUUUGGUCCCUUGGAUGUGUCAUUGCAGAGCUAUUUCUUGGACUACCACUCUUUGCUGGUAGCUCAGAGUAUGAUCAACUGUUGAAAAUUGUCACGAUACUGGGAAUGCCACCUUCCUGGAUGAUUGAUAUGGGACGUGAUGGCUUGAGAUUCUUUGAAAAGACUGAGGAUCAUAAGUAUAAGAUGAAGUCAUUGGCCAAAUACUGUGAGGAGUAUAAGUUGAAAGAGAAACCAGGUGAUAAAUUUCUCAAAUCUGAUGACCUACAAGUCCUCAUAACGAAGUAUGAUAUGAAUCGGAAGAGUAUGACGUCCACUAUGAUUGAGAAAGAGAACAACGAUCGUGAGUCGUUGUUGCAUCUCUUGAGAGGCUUAUUAAUUUGGAGUCCAUUACAGAGAUGGACUCCUCAACAGGCUAUAUUGCAUCCAUUUAUCACUGGUGAGAAGUUUACCGGGUCAUGGUCCCCACCUGGUUCUACUGGAGGGUUAUCAGACAGCAGAUCAAACAGCUCUCGAAAGAGAUCUGUCUAAUUUUUUGUAUACUGUUUCUGUUUCAAAACUUUGGAAGUUAAUAAUAAUGAUAUAAUGGUGGUUCUACAAAGGU